UACUAAGAUGACUGGUAUUUUUGUGGAACCAAGUAUAGAAUUAUAUAUCAUUAGAGAGGUUUUACUUGCUUUAAUUUUGAGUAAAGUCCCGUACAAUAUUGCUGAACCAUGUGAAUUUGUGAAAGCGUACUAAACAAAAACAAUGCUGUAAACAAACAAUAAAGAAACAAUUUGCAAAUUUCCUUUCCCUUCACCUUUUCCUUUCCUAAAAAUUCUCACCGAUCAAAGUGCAGGCCACUAUGAUUCUCAGCUUGAUUUUUACCUCUAAGAUAUUUUUGUAUUUUUCCUAAGAUGUGAUUUUUUUUUAACAUAAAACAGUACCUAAACCAAAAAUAUAAAUUAAAAUCCUUUAAAAUCCUACGUCCGACUGAUAGAUGUGGAUCUACGCCGAUCUCCAGAUGGUACGCAACACCCUUAUCAUCAUCGAGACCAACCAGGAGGUUUGGUGCUCCCAAAGUUGUCGAUGCAGCCGCCGAAAAAGAAAUGCAGCAACUUCGGGAAGCCAGGGCUGCCCGUUUGGCAUUUAUUCAAGAGGAAGAGAAGAGGGAGAAACCAUCUACCGACGUAGAGGACGCUGUAAAGGCGAAAAAGAAGCAGGAGGAAGAGAGGUUAGCGGAAGAGAAGGCGUUGGCAGAAGAACAAGCAAGAAAAGAAGCUCAAGCUAGAAAAGAAGAAGCGGCGAGGAAAGCAGAGUUAGCCAGGCAAGAAGCACUUGCUGCUCAAGCUGCCGCCGAAAGAGCCGCAGAACUGGAAAGACAAGCCGAGUUAGCAAGACAGGAAGAAUUAGCUAAACAGGCUGAGAUCGAGAGAGCUCGCCAAGCAGAAGAGGAACGGCUCCGCUUAGAGGAACAGCGCAGAUUAGAAGAAGAAGCCAAAGCCGAAGAAGAACGCCAACAGCUGUUGCGACUAGAAGAGUUAGCGCGACAGGCUGAGGAAGAGAAGGAGGCCGAGCUCGCCCGACAAGCCGAGGAGCUUGCUGAGUUGGCGAGACAAGAGGCCGAACUAGCUGAAGAAGCUAAAAAACAGGCGGAAAUAGAAGAAUUGGCAAGACAAGAAGCAGAACUUGCUGAAUUAGAACGACAAGAAGCAGAACUGGCUGAACUGGAAAGAAAGGAAAAAGAACUAGCGGAGUUAGCCAGACAGGAAGCUGAGGAAGCUGAAAGGGCCAGACAAGAAGCUGAAGCUGCCAAGAGGGAAGCUGAACUAGCAGAACUCGCCAGACAGGAAGCCGAGCUGGCUGAAUUGGAAAGACAACAAGCAGAACUGGACGCCCUGGAGGCAGAAGCUAAAGCCCUAGAAGAGGAACCUCCAGUGGAAGAAGAGGAAGAAGCUCCAGCAGCGAAACGCGCAGCAAAUGAAGACGAGGAAGAUGAAGAAACGAGAAAGCAGAGAGAAAUGGAUGAAAUCAUACAACAAAAAUUUGAAUUAGCUGAAUUGGAAAGGCAGCAAGCCGAGCUUGAUGCUCUGGAAGCUGAAGCCAAAGCUCUAGCGGGUGAUACUGAUGAGACAGCUCAAGACGAUGAAGAUGAACCAGCUAUUGCUGAAGACGUUCCUGGAGUCCAAUCCGAUGCGGAGGAGCAAGAAGAUCUUUAAGUAUCAUCAUUAAGUUCAUGUUCGAAUUUAAGACUAUUACAAAUUUCACAGUGCUUUUAUUCUUUGCUUCUUUGGAAUCGUGGCAUUUAGUUAUUGCAUUUCACUAAUUUUUUAUUUUUGUUUUCGUAGGUAACUGUUUUGUUUUGUGUCCAGUCAACAUUGAGAUUGUUAAUUAUUAACUAAGAAUUAUUUUACAUUCAUGUUCAUUUGCUGCACCAUUUGCUUCAAUCAGGAUUUAGAUUUUUAUAUAAUUGUAUAAAGUUUAUUGCGUUUUUAAUAAUUUGUUAAUAUUUAUUAACAACUGUUAAUUAACUUGUAAAAAGGAUUAACCUUUUUUAAAAAGACAAUACGGUAAAACCUGUAAUUUAAAAUACUAUGUAUUUAAACAAUUGUUUAAAAUGUUAAAAGGAAAUAGUAUUAAAUACACAGAUUAAUACGUAACUAAAUUAUCUUAUAAACACUAAAUUAUUGAUAACAUUUGUAACCUUGCCAUGAAAUUCAGUUUGUCCUGUACCUAAUAUGUCGUUGUACUGGAGCUCUUUACAAAUAAAUCUGAUAGUGUAUCGAAUUGA